AACUGUAUCAUACAGCACAUGUUUAUGGUAACUGUAUCAUACAGCACAUGUUUAUGGUAACUGUAUCAUACAGCACACGUUUAUGGUAACUGUUAUCAUACAGCACAUGUUUAUGGUAACUGUUAUCAUACAGCACAUGUUUAUGGUAACUGUAUCAUACAACACAUGUUUAUGGUAACUGUAUCAUACAGCACAUUUUAGUGGCUUCUUCUAUUUUACAGCACAUAUUCAAUUACAAUGGUUCAAGUCUUGGAAAGUAGGUAUCAAAAUUCUUAUAACUGAUUUGAUUAAACUGUUAAUGUUUCAAUUAUCCUUCAUAUGAAACAAGGCAAGACAGACAGAAGAAAGGAAACAUUUUUCAGAGGUUUUUUGAGAGGAGACGUUAUAACCGGAUGAAAACAAAACUUCAAGGCGACCUGAUAAAAUUCUACAGAAAAAGGUGUAGUUCAAUACCUCUGUCACCGCUUCUUGAAGAAAUAGAGACACAUCUAGCUGGGUUCUACGUCAUGCCAGAUAUAGUCACUGUAAAAAAGAAGUCCCUAACUUGUCAUGAAGAGGAGAGAACACCGAUAAAGUCUUUGAAAGAUCUGUUUUUAACCGGAAGUCGAGAUCAACAAGAAAUUUAUCUAUCAGCUGAUGCAGGCUUUGGAAAAACUGCUUUCUCAAAAUAUAUUGCAGUCACGUGGUGUCAAGCUCAUUGUCGUGAUGAAAACUACGCCAGCUUUAAAGACGACGAGUUAAAAACGUUAUUUGACUUCAAGUUCUUAUUUUUGGUUUUAUUAAGAGACUGUACCUCAGUUUGCAACAUUGACGAAAUGAUUGAACAGCAAAUUACGAGGAAACUUCCUACUUCUGCAACAAUACGUGAAGUGUUACGUAGAGAAAAAUGCUUGAUUAUUUUGGACGGUCUUGAUGAAUGGAGUCACCCUGAUAAUAGCUGUAGCGAAAUAACAGAAAAAAUCCCACAUCGGUACGUACGUGAUAAUUGUGUUAUUCUAACGACAACUCGACCGUGGAAGCUCGGAGUCGCAAAUCUCAAAACAAGUCAAAUAAACAAAAAAGUAGAAUUGGUUCAAUUAAGUGCAGAUUCUACGCGGCAACUUGAAGAAAAUGCUAUAAGAAAAAUGACCGGUGUCCGUGACGAUAGAGUACUGGAGAGUAAAAGACGGGACUUUAAUAAAGUGAUACGUGACCGUCACCUAGAGCACAUGCAAGUGAUUCCACUCCUCCUCAUGUAUAUAGUUUGCCUAUGGUGCAACAACAUUCCUAUAGGAAAUUCAAAACAUGAAAUUUACACCAAUAUCAUUGAAUUUCUAUUAUCAAGAACGUCAAAGAAACACCCGGAAGUUCAACCAUCUCGUGAAUCGUCUGCCAGUGUAAUUCCAGAAUACUUCAAAAGUCGUGAAUUUUGUAAAAAGUUUUACAGUCUUAUAACAUCAUUAGCAGAACUAGCUUACCAAACAUUAUUUAAUGAAAACAGAGAAAACACGCUGGUAUUUGAUAGAACGGUUGCUGAUAUAUAUCUCAAAGCAGACGACAUGAAAUUAAGUCUUCUCUCAGGAAUACUGUCAGAAAGUAGAAGUAAAACUUUAAUUAAAGAAAUUAUUAAAGUAUCGUUUUCUCACAAAACAGUGCAAGAAUUCUUUGCCGCCAUAUUUAUAAGUUCUCUAAGUGACGCUCAGAAAACUGUUGUAGAAAAAUGUAGAACUGUUCAAGAUAUUCUGGACAUGUCAAAAAUGUGUGAAUUUAUAAGUGGAAUGAAUGCUGACUGGAUGUGUGAAAUAUCAAAUGAUUGGAUGUCUAUGAUAAAUGAAGACGAGGAAACACGCGACUAUAGAACUAGGACAGGUUACGAGGACAGGUACAUGAACCCAUUAUAUAACAUACAGGAAAUGUUCAUGUCGUGUUUACAAGAAAUGCCUGAAAGUGAAAAUAUUCAAUUAUGUUUACAAGAUUUCUUCAUUGACUACGACACCAAGCACAGUAAGCUGUUACAACGUUUAUUAAAACAAAAUAAAACCAACAUAAAAUCACUUUAUAUAAACAUGUUGUUUCCUUCCAGCAGUUUACGUGAAAUUAUAGAUUUAUUCUCUCUCACAGAUCUCAGUCAUAUACAGAAACUUUACUAUGAGGGUUACAGCAGGGAGAAGGAGGCUGAGAUAAGCCGAUCUUGUUUCCCAGUUUACAGUACGUUACUUUUGUCGGGGGUACAUGGAUAAA